CAACCAUCCUAAUAAUCCUCUUUAGUGGCAGAGAGAUGACCAGUCAGUAUGUGAAAAUACUUGAAACAUACAUUUCUACUUCAUUACAAAUGUUCUUAAAACAAUACAGAUGUCAUUGUCAUUUUUACCUUGGGAAACAUUAAAUCCAUCUAUAUCAGCUCAUUAAAGUCUUUUUUUCCAUUAAUAAGGGAAGGUAAAUGUAGUCCAGUAUGGUGUGGUGGGUUAGUAUGCCUGUUAAGCUGCUGUUGUUAAAAAGUUUGAAGUCCAUAAGGCUACCAGCUGGAUCAACAGUUUAAAAGUCAAUUAAUUUUUCUCUCUGGACUUGUCUGAGAAAUCUUAUCUUUUUCUUUUGUCUUUUUUUUUUUUGGAUGCUUUUGAAAAUGUUGGAUUUGCUUACCCCUGUUUCCUUAUAUUGAAGUUACAUGCCUAAAAUAGAAAUUGCUUGAAGCUUAGGCAAAUUAAAGAUGUAAUAAACUGAUUAUAGACUCAUGGUUUCAUUGCCCAAAACAAUUCAAAUCCAAGUACUAGCUGCCAUGAACCUGAAUGACUCUAUCUGAAUCAUGUCCCACUGAAUGCAUUUCAGCAGAGAUAUGGCUGCUGGUUAUUUCUUCUUGGCCUAUGUGAUUGCCCAAGAUCUUGUAAUCUAAUAUGGGGCUGUAAUUUUGUGGGAACUGUCCUAGGGGGAAAAAAUUUCAUCAGGAAGUGUCAUGGGUGGAACUUCACCAGGAAUGGAUUAUGGCCAAAGAGGGCACUCUCAUGGGGAAAGUGUUUUAUUUUGUAUGAGGCUUAAAACAGAGUUAUAACCACUUAAAUGGCCAAAGAUUCCCAUGGAUGUGAAUAGGAGCAUUAAACCUAGUAUCCUGGUGGAAUUCCAACUUGGGUAAUUCAGGUGCAUCAUAUCAUACCAUAUAAUUCCCCAGUAGGGUCAAGUUUUUUGCUUAAAAUAUAAACCUGCUAAAAUGUCUUAAUGUUGCCAGUUCAGCAAGCAUGUUUGGUUAUAUGCCAGCAGUAGCUCCAUUUCUGUAGCGCUACCUGUAUGUAUGGUUCGCAAUGGGCUUUGGGAGUCCUUUGCAUUGAAACGUACUUUAUAAAUGUAAGACUGAUCCUUAUUACAUUUCUUAUCUCCUGUCUUUAAUACUUUGUUUUGUACAGCAGGAUAUGAGCCUUCUCCUAUGUCCGGGCUUUGGCCUCACACAGUAGGUGUAAUAUAAUCGCUGAGGUGGGCGUUCUGCAAGGAGAAUUAUUUUUGGAGGCUUUUGCAUGAAACUUGCCCAAUGAGUCUGAGACACCCAAGCACCAUUAAUUUUGGAGGAGCUGUUGUGGAACAAAAUGGAGCAUUGCAUGCUGGUUUCCAUGAGCUGCACCUCCACGGAUAAGGUGAAGAAGUGGGUCUUAGAGGGACUUGAAAGAGAAAAGGGCCUUGUGGACCAACUUGGAAUUUGCUUGAAAAUCCUGAUAAAUGAAUCAAUGGCUUGGAUGCAGACUUAAUAACUAGUUUGUUUGAAUCAGCCUUGCAAAAUAGUCAUGAAACCUUACCAACCCAGGCACAAAACUUUUCCUGGCCUUUACCAUGAUGAUUUAAAAAAAAGUACACUUGGCAAGUGGAAACUAUGUUCCAACUUCCUGUCAACAACCUUGGCAGUUUAAGAAAGGCCCGGAAAACUGUGAAAAAAAUACUUAGUGACAUUGGUUUGGAAUACUGUAAAGAACAUAUAGAAGAUUUUAAGCAGUUUGAACCUAAUGACUUUUAUUUGAAAAACACUACAUGGGAAGAUGUAGGAUUGUGGGACCCAUCGCUUACAAAAAAUCAGGACUAUCGGACAAAACCCUUUUGCUGCAGUGCAUGUCCAUUUUCCUCGAAGUUCUUUUCAGCCUACAAAAGCCACUUCCGGAAUGUUCAUAGUGAAGACUUUGAAAAUAGGAUUCUUCUCAAUUGUCCUUACUGUACUUUCAAUGCAGACAAAAAGACUUUGGAAACGCACAUCAAAAUAUUUCAUGCUCCAAAUGCCAAUACACCAAGUGGAGGCAUAAGCACUUUUAAAGAUAAAAACAAACAUGAUAGCCUUAAACCUAAGCAGGCUGACAGUGUAGAACAAGCUGUUUAUUACUGUAAGAAGUGCACUUACCGAGAUCCUCUGUAUGAAAUAGUUAGAAAGCACAUUUACAGGGAACAUUUUCAGCAUGUUGCUGCUCCUUACAUAGCAAAGGCAGGUGAAAAGUCACUCAAUGGUGCGGUUCCGUUAAGUUCCAGUACCCGAGAGGAGGGUAGUAUUCACUGCAAACGAUGCCUUUUUAUGCCCAAGUCAUACGAAGCUUUAGUACAGCAUGUUAUUGAAGACCAUGAACGUAUAGGAUAUCAGGUAACGGCAAUGAUAGGGCAUACUAAUGUAGUGGUUCCCAGAUCCAAACCUUUGAUGCUAAUAGCUCCAAAACCACAGGAUAAAAAGUCUAUGGGACUUUCUCAAAGGAUGGGUCCUCUCUCUCCUGGAAAUGUCCGAUCGCUUUCGUCGCAGCAGAUGAUGAACCGACUCACUAUACCAAAGCCUACGUUAAAUUCUGCAGGAGUAAAUAUGAUGUCAAAUGUUCAUCUACAGCAGAAUAAUUAUGGAGUCAAAUCAGUACCACCAAGUUAUGUUGGGCAGCCAGGGGGAAGGCUAAACUUAAGUGGCAACGCACCAGUUUCUAUUCCACAACAGUCCCAAACAAUGAAACAGUUUUCACCAAGUGGGAAUGGAAGGCCUUAUACCCUUGGAGGGGAGCAGAGAUCACAAGCCCCAGCAAGGUACUCUCUUCAGUCUGCCAACUCAUCCUCUCUUUCAUCAGCUCAGCUGAAGCAGACAUCAUUAUCUCAGUCCCAGGCAGCGUCAAGAGUAUUAGGUCAAUCUGGCUCAAAGUCUCCUGUAGCUGCCACAGGCCCUUCGGCUGUCAAUACUUCCUCAACACAAAAGUGGAAAAUUUGUACAAUCUGUAACGAGCUGUUUCCUGAAAACGUGUACAGUGUUCACUUUGAAAAGGAGCACAAGGCUGAAAAGGUGCCUGCAGUAGCUAACUAUAUAAUGAAAAUUCACAAUUUCACUAGCAAAUGUCUAUACUGUAAUCGCUAUUUACCUACUGAUACAUUGCUUAAUCACAUGCUUAUCCAUGGUCUGUCUUGUCCGUACUGCCGCUCAACCUUCAAUGACGUUGAAAAGAUGGCUGCUCAUAUGCGAAUGGUUCAUGUUGAUGAAGAAAUGGGACCUAAAACAGAUUCCACUUUAACCUUUGAUUUGACGUUGCAGCAAGGUAGUCACACUAAUAUACAUCUUCUUGUAACCACCUACAAUCUAAGAGAUGCCCCUGCUGAAUCGGUAGCUUAUCACGCGCAGAAUACGCCUAUUGUUCCUCCAAAACCUCAGCCAAAAAUCCAGGAGAAAUCAGAUGUACCUGUAAAAAGCUCUCCUCAAGCAGCAGUCCCCUACAAAAAAGAUGUUGGUAAAACACUCUGUCCACUAUGCUUUUCAAUCCUAAAAGGACCCAUUUCUGAUGCACUAGCACAUCACUUGAGGGAGAGGCAUCAGGUUAUUCAAACAGUUCAUCCAGUUGAAAAAAAGCUAACAUAUAAAUGCAUUCAUUGCCUUGGUGUAUACACCAGUAACAUGACUGCCUCAACUAUAACACUGCACCUUGUACACUGCAGAGGUGUUGGGAAGACACAAAAUGGCCAAGACAAAUCGAAUGCCCCCUCUCGGCUAAAUCAGUCUCCAGCUGUAGCACCCGUGAAACGUACUUAUGAACAUACGGAAUUCUCUCUCAUGAAGAAAAGAAAAAUUGAUGAUGAUGACUCACCAUCUGCCUUUGAGGAAAAGCCUGAAGAACCUGUAGUUUUAGCUUUAGACCCCAAGGGUCAUGAAGAUGAUUCUUAUGAAGCCAGAAAAACAUUUCUUACAAAAUAUUUCAAUAAGCAACCAUAUCCCAGUAGGAGAGAAAUUGAGAAGUUGGCUGCCAGUUUGUGGCUAUGGAAAUCUGAUAUUGCUUCACACUUCAGCAACAAAAGAAAGAAAUGUGUUAGAGAUUGUGAAAAGUACAAACCUGGUGUGCUGCUUGGUUUCAACAUGAAAGAAUUAAACAAAGUUAAGCAUGAAAUGGAUUUUGAUGCUGAAUGGCUGUUUGAAAACCACGAUGAAAAGAAUUCCAGAGUCAAUGCUAGUAAAACGAUUGAUAAAAAGAUAAACUUAGAAAAAGAUGAAAGUUCUUCAGACAGUUAUGAGAAUAUAGAGGAGGAAUACAAUGAAAGCAAUAGUCCGUUUGGUCAACGCAUUUCUGAUGUUGUUAAAAAAACGUCUGUUGAUAGUAUAGUAGAGAACGUGGAAGACAGCAUAUCAAAGGAGACUGCUGAGGAAAAUUCUUUGCUAUCUCCAGAAAAAUCAGAUCAGAAACAGGAGGAAGGUUUAAAAUAUGAAGAGAUUCAUUCUGCUGAGGAACCAACAAAGCUAGUAGGUGAUGCUUCAGAUAGUGAUCAAGAUGAUGCUGUUGAAUGGAAAGAUGGAGCUUCACAGUCUGAAAGCGGACCUGGUUCUCAGCAGGUUUCUGACUUUGAAGAUAAUACGUCAGAGGUGAAACCGGAAGCCUGGACAGAUGAAUCAUCCCAGAGUGAAGAUGCUGGUAGUAGUAAGCCUACUGCAGAAACAAAGGGGAUUGCAUCUGAAAGUGAUGAAGAACAGUCAAAGUGGAAGAAUAGUUCCUAUGGAAAAGUAGAAGAGUUUUGGUCUAAGGACCAGUCGCAGUGGAAAAAUGCAUCAGAAAUUGAGGAGAGCUUAUCAAAUCAGCAGAUGGAAUGGCAGAAUAGCACAAUUGACAGUGAAGAUGGAGAUCAGUUUGACAAUGUGACUGAUGGUGUAGCAGAACCAAUGCAUAGCAGCUUAACUGGUGUAGAGCUGAGUAGCCAGCAAGCAUGAACUGAUUGAUUCGGAAGCAUCAGUAGUAUGAUCCAAUCUACAACUGUCUAAACACUUUCACUUCAGUAUGACUGAAUGCUUAAUUUCAGUAAGCUUAAUUCUAACUGGUACUGCCUUUUGAGUGCUAGGUCAUCUGAUGAGUGGUUGAUGUGGCCACUAUUAUUCCAGUGGUUAUUUAAGUGCGCUGUUGGUUAAUUUGCUUGAGAAUACCUGCUGUGAUGAGCACAGUAACUUAAUGUGAAAACAGAUAAGCUGGUGGCUCCAGAAUGCACACACAGAAAAGCAGAGGUUUAUUUUAUCUGCAUUUUCAAUGUUUAUUUCACUCUUGUACAUGUUCAGUUGUAUGUCUUUUUAAACAUUACCCUUUUUCACAUGGUAGUAUAGGGCCAACAUAUGAGCUACCAGUUCAAUGUGUAUAGUAGACUAUGGGGAAAUUGAUUUUUUUUCAUGUAUCAUUCUGAAUAGUUGAAAUGUAUAUUUGUACAGUCUUUUAGACCUAUUCCAGUGAAGCUUAUGAAAUUGUUCUUGUGUACCCAUCAUAGAUUUGUUUCUCUUUUUUAGUGUUGCCCUGCUGUGUAAUAAAUGCUGUAUCUAGUUUACCUAGCAAGAGCUUGAAACUGCUAUAGUAUGGAUUUUGACAAACUUAGUUUUUGCACAUAACCUUGUACAAUCUCAAAACAGAGGCCAGCAACAUAAAAAUUAUAUCUGGACUCUAUUGUAUUAUAGAAUUUUCUUGUUCUGAAUAUCCUUGACAUUACAACUGAUGACAAAUGUAUUUCAGAGCCAUUUUCUGAAAUCUUUUAAGCUAAAAAGAAAAAUCACAUGCAAGAAACAAGUUUGCAGCUACUAAUUUUGACACCUUUUAGAUCUGUAUAAAAGUGUAUUGUGUUGAAGCAGCAUACAGGAAAAAGUGCUGCAUUUUGAAUAUUUAGUUUUAUCUUUAGUUAACACCAACAAGGCGUUGUAUUCAUUUAUACCAUCUAAUAUAUGACACACUGUUGUAGUAUGUAUAAUUUUGUGAUCUUUAUUUCCCUUUGUAUUCUUCAUUUAAGCAUCUAAAUAAAUUGCUGUAUUGUGCUUAAUGUAAAUACUUGCCUUAUUACAAAUGCCAUGUAAUAGCUUCUUUUAAAAUGUGCUUUAUUUCAUCCACCCCUUUUGAAAGAAGUUCUGAAGUUGUGCUCUGGCAAGUUUGUGGGGCUCUUCCAGAUUUACUGAAUUCUUUAGAGAGUAUUUUUAAAAGUCCCCUCCCCCCAAUUUCACCUUAAACAAAGAAGUUGCUAGUUUUUAUCUUUAUGCACUGUUUGUUACUAGACUAGUGGCAUGUGCUCAAAUUUAUGGUACUUCUGUAGUUCCAAAAUCAGGAAGAGCAGAAUCUUCUAAUAGAACUGGGAUUAGAUUUUUUUUCAUUAUUUUGUAAUUGGUGAAGAUAACUCUAUUUUAAGAAUUAUCCUCCUGCAUGGGGGGGGGGUGUUUUUUAGAUGUUUUAUUGGAACUGCUAUAUCUAAUUGAUAUAUAUUUGGUCCAAUAAAAGAUACUGCCAAAAAACCCUUGCCUCUCCUAUGCUUCCUGGACCAUCAUAGCUACAACAGUAUACCAGCCCUUCCCUUUUAUAAAUUCUUUUGUGUGUCUCUGACUUAUAGGAAAGAUGGUGAUUACUUUAAAACUAUUUUAAGAGCUAGGUAGUGUUCCACCCUUCCCCCCAUGCCC